GGCAGAAGUUCAUGUAACUCGCAUGUACACUUCAGUAAAGAGACACUGAGAGCUUCAGGCUGCAGGAGAUCACACACAGGCAAUGAAUCCUGCAACCGUUGCAAAAGUAGCAUCAGCAGCAUCAGCUGUUUUUGCUGGCGCGUCCCUGUUCGGCACCGGUGUUGAGCAAAUAUCCCGCAGAAUAGACACAAGCAGAAAUGUCACCAUUCAGAUCACCAAUUACAGUGAUGAAUUCACCUUAACAAAUCCAAGGACCCACAACAUCAGUGGCUGCUGUUACCAUCCUCCACAACCUACCAUUGCAACAAAGACGCAAGAAACAUGCUCAUUUUCCAAAACUUCAUAUGCAGCCUGUGGUUCUGUUGGAGUCUUGACGUAUCAAAUCCGCAGGAAUGAAACAGACCAUGUUGGCGAACUGGCCAUCAUGUUCUCUGUGCCUUAUGACUACAACGUUUAUGAAAACUGGUUCGCUCUUGGCAUAUUUGAAGCAAAUAUUCCAUGUGAUUAUGAUCUAUUCAAGAAGAUGUAUUAUGAUAAUGUUGUUGAUGAUGGUCCAUUCACCAGAGACAAAGGUGCAGGGGGUGUCAUAACAUAUUCUGGAAAAGGAGCUCUGGUGAAGGGAACAAUGUCUGCUUUUGGCCAAUCGAUUAUUAAGGUUGAAUUGUGGGAUGAGGAUCUUGCCAAGGAUCGUACCAAAACUGAACAGGCAAACUGACCCAUGUCAGUACAGUGCAAAAGUCUUAGGCUAUCUAAGUCCAGCAUUAACAGUUACCAUCCAAUAUGUAGUUUAUCUAAUCAGUCCUUCAUUAAAUUAAAUCAGGUGAUGAAUUGAACAAAUCUAUGUGACGAACCAAACCUGUGUUCUUCUAACUGUCUUCAUCUAACCUGUAUAUUCAUAACUGUACUGACAAAAGCAUGUUCCUUCUACUGUAUUUAUGUUUAUUCAUAUUGAUUUUGAAUAGUAUUACAAAAGCAGAAUACUUUGUGUAGUUCUGCUCAACAUGUUUAUAUUUAUGAAAAGCACUAUGGAUCCUGAAUACGGUCUCUUUCUGGUCUUUUCUCUGCCUGU